AUGGAAGGUGCAGCCUUCGUGCAGGGAGGCUCAUGCACGGGGAAGCCAGUCGCCUUUAGGCAGGGACUUCCAGGUCCAAAGUUCGAGCAACUGCGUGAACCUCCUGCUCUGCUUGCCCACCGGCACACAUCGAAGGCACACCCCGCCGUUUUGAAGCGGGCUCUGGCGGCACCACCUGGCAGUGUUGAUUCUGGAAAUCAGAUACGCCUACAUAGCCGAUGGAUGGAUAUGGCCACUCAGAGUGCUGAAGGUCCAACAACAAUGACCCGCAUGAAGGCCUCUGCUCGUCUGAGCAUCAUUGGCAGUAACUCCGAGCACCUGCACCGCAGCCGGGUCAUACAGGCUUUCCACCCAUACGGUGCUUUCAGAAUAGGCUGGGAUGUCAGCGCGAUGGUUCUAAUACUUUGUGACAGUAUUCUGCUGCCCCCAGCCCUGGCAUGGAACGUGAGAAUGGGACCUUCCGACGGUCUGGUGUUUAAUUUUUUGCUAUGGCUGACCUUUUGGAUCAGCUUGGCAUUCUGGACAGCUGAUCUCUUUGUAAAUCUGAAUACCGCCACGUACCGCCGUGGAGUCCUGGUCUCACGGCAUGUCUCUAUAUUUUUGAGUUACCUGCAGGGCUGGCUGCUUUUCGACAUUCUGUUGCUGGUGUUUGACAUUGGGUAUGGACUCUCCGAAACGAGCUUGUCGGCAGAGUUUCGCCUGUUUCGAGUCACGCGCAUUAUGAGGCUCUUGAGACUCUUGCGAGUCUUGAAGCUCACAAAGGUGAACUCCAUCAUCGAAGAAAGCGCGGCAAACACUGGGCGUCACUGGAUCGCUGUUGUCACUGCCAUCACAAGCACGGCCAUUGCGAUGACCUUCUGUGCCCACCUGCUCACGUGCAUGUGGUAUGCCAUUGGGCGCGGCAUGGAGGAGAGCGACGACAUCCGAAGCUGGACUCGCCUUGCCAGCGCCGACACGAUACCGGGAUGGGUUCAGUAUCUCCAUGCCAUGCGUUGGAUCAUCAACUCGCCUGCCCCUCCACUUUUGGAUGCAGGGAGUGGUUUGGAGAGAGGUGCCGACAUUUUUGUUUCGAUAUUCUGUCUCGCAGCGAUGGGCGCAGGAAUUUCCAAAAUUUCCGAUACGCUUGCAGAGCUUCGAGCCAUGAACGAAGCAAGAGACCGCCGACGGCGGGAAGUGCGCCAGUAUCUAAGCCACCAGCAUGUGCCCUUUGAGCUGGUUUCACGGAUCAUGCGCUUCGUGGAAUACCGACUUGAGAAGUUCUCGACCACAACCUUGGACACGUCCUUAAUCUCACCGACAUUGCAGCUGGAGCUCUAUGUGAGUCAGAGGAGCAGUUACGUGUUGGAGCUACCAAUCUUCAAGCUCCUCCAGGAGUGCUACACAGAUGUCUUCGGCUCUGUCUGUGCAGCCUUGGAGAAGCACGUCUACGAGAAGGGGGAGCACAUCUUCAUCGCAGGUUCUUGGGCCUCUUGUCUCCACAUCACUGCCACUGGCACGUACACCUACAUCCAAGGGUACGACGCCGAGGGCGAUGCCAAGGAGUUUACGGGCACCAGGUGGUUUGGAGAGCUGUCCCUUUACACCGACGGCAGCCUGCAUCAGUCCACGCUUUCUGCGAUGACGUUUGCAGAGACCUUUUCGUUGCGAGGGCAAGACCUGGCCGAAUGUGUGAAGCAGUCGCGUGGAUGUGUGACUAUGUUCUCCGAUUUUGCCAAGGACUUUGUGUCGGCAAUGCAGGCCAGCAAGACGAAGUGUGGAGACGAAGAGCAGAUUCGCUGUGCGGAUGAGUGCUGCCGGAGAAACCAGCACUACCAAGAUCUGUAUCCCGACCCGAAGACUCGGCUGCAAAACAUCUCAAUCCCCCUCAACAAACGAGGCUCGGAUGGGACUGGCUCUAAGAGCUUCUCGAUCAUGCGCAUUCUCCGGCCACAAAGAUCUUUGAAGGCAUCGCGAGACGUGGCUUCUGAAGAGCUGAAGGAGGAGGAAGUUUACCCAGACGCAUCUAUCUCAAGCCUGUUCCCGUGCAGCCAUGCCUCAGCAGAGCACAUCAAUCCUGGCCUGGACAAGUACUUGAAGGCCCUGGAUGCGGGCACCAUGGACACGCACAAGCUGGCCAAGGAAUUGCAGAUUGUCAUUCCUGAGCUGCAUCAGGAGCACAGUCCACACGUGGUUUUCGAGCAGGCUGCCGAGCGAGAGAGGGCGGAAUCCUCGUGCAUCAGCAUGCUGGCGCUCUUCAAGAAUCGCUACGACAUCUUCACAUAUCCUCAGGCUCCAGGUGCAAGGCUGGAUGAAACGCAGUGGUUGGAGCUGCAGGGGCUGAUGAGUUGGAUCGAUCCGGAUUCCGAGCAGAUGCAGGCCGUGAUGGUGCUCUUGGCCAUCCGCGCCCUGGGCAAGUCGAAGGCCGUUUUGCAGCAAAUGCCACGGGAGAUGAGGCGUCCGGAGAAAGCGGUGCUUCAGCUGGUGGCCAGCGAGAAGAACGUGGUGCCUUCUGUCCGAUGGUUAUCCCAGCGGGGAGAGCAGUAUAUCGAGAACGCCCUUGAAAUCCACCAGCUCUUUAACCUUGCCCAGAUGUUGCAAGGCGAAAAUCUCCCGGCAAACAUUGCGCAGCUGCGCAAGUGCAUUGAGGAGAAGAGUGAAGAGCAGUUCCGCUUCUACAUCUUGUUCCUGCUCGGGUUUAUGAGUGGCAUUGCUGCCGGAACAGGUUCUCGAUUCAUGAGCUCGAAGAACGCGUCUUCGGUGAUCAGCGGCGUUCGCUUGCUCAAGCGCCUUACGGAAUGCUCUCCAGUUGCGAUAUACUGGGGCUACAUGGAGGAGAGGGCCCGCAAGCUGCAUAUGAACUUUGACUCAGCGGAGGAACUCGUUCUUGUUCGGCUAUCAUGCCUCGCGAGGGUGCAAGAUGAGAAAGAGUACCUGCAGCUUCGGACAUCAUGGGAUGCGCUCAAAGCCCGAGAACGGACCAUCUUGACGGAUCACUUCCUGGCGGACGGGAUUCAGGAGCAAGCGUUUAUGCUCGAGUUCCUACCAAAUUGUGUUGCCAACGCCAAGGCUAACAGCACCGUUGGCUUUGCGGGUUUGCUUGGCGUUUUGGUAGAUCUGCUGAACAAUCUGCACUCGAGCAUCGACAACAUGCCGGAUACGGACAAAGUCAUCCCUGUUGACCUCUCUGAGAUGGCAGAUUUCAUUGCAGUCGUACAGAACAGGUUCGUGUUCCUGACAUGCGUCUCCAGAUGUCGGCUGCAGUUUGUUGGCCAGAGGGUGUUUCUGAAGAUGACUGGAGGCAAUUGGGGCCGGACUGCAGAUGCCGACUCCGAUAUGACCAGCCUCGCAUACACGCUGCAGGACAUUCUGCACAAACAGGAGCUCUUGGAGGCUUACCUUAUGCGGCGAGACGAGCAGGCAUCCAAACCUUUCCACUCCACCGUGCAGCCUUCAACGUCUGCGCCUUCCAUGUCUGCGGUGGAUGUGGAGCAGAUGUACGGCUUGUAUAGCGACAGUUCCGAGUUUGUAAAGCGAGAAGUGUUUUAG